UCUCAGUGGUUUAUCUCUCUUCGACAGCAUGAUGUCCGCACAGAAGUGGCAAGAGCAGGGUUGGGCACUCUUACAGCUGUUGUUGGUGGUGUUUUUCUCUCAUGCUGAGGAGCCGGUGUGCAGGCGACGAGGGGAUCCCGAGAACCCCCAGUUAUCUAAGGAUGGGGACAUUAUGCUGGGGGGAAUCUACAAUUUCCACAGUACGUGGCGAGACAGACAGGGUACCUACCAGCAUAAACCACUACCACUACAAUGCACCAGUCUGAAUUUCAGAGGGUUCCAGUAUACCCAGGCAAUGCUCUUUGCCAUAGAGGAGAUAAACAACAGCACAGACCUGUUGCCUGGCAUCUCUCUAGGCUAUAAGAUCUAUGAUGCUUGCAGCUCAGUUGCUAGAAGUGUGAUGGUCUCCCUCUCCUUAGUGACUGGUGAUGAAGUAGCAUUUGCACUCUCUGAUGAACAAUGUACUAGACCUGCCAAUGUGCAGGCGAUCAUUUUAGGUAUAGCUUCCUCUCCUUGCAUGGCUACAGCUACUAUCAUUGGACCCUUUCAUAUCCCACUGAUCAGCCAGGUUGCUACUUGUGCUUGUCUCAGUGAUAAAACCAAGUACUCAUCCUUCCUCAGAACAAUACCCAGUGACUACUACCAGAGCAGAGCUUUGGCCCAAUUGGUCAAGCACUUCGGUUGGACUUGGAUUGGAGCCAUUAGAACAAAUGAUGAUUAUGGCAAUAAGGGCAUGGCUACAUUUGUAAAAACUGCCCAGCAGCUGGGCAUUUGUGUGGAGUACUCUGUGUCUUUCUUUAGAACAGAUCCACUAGACAAAAUACAAAAGAUAAUUGAAAAUAUCAAGUCAUCCACUUCCAAGGUGAUUGUUGCUUUCCUCUCCCCCACAGAGUUGUACGUGAUAAUACAUGAGUUGUCUCAGCAAAAUCUGACAGGGUACCAGUGGGUAGGCACUGAGGCCUGGAUUUUUGAUUUUCAAACUGCAGCCAUGGAUAAGCAUCACAUUCUGGAUGGUGCCAUAGGCCUGUCCAUCCCCAAAGCACAUGUCAGUGGCAUGAGAGAGUUCAUGUUGGAUGUGAAGCCACUCAAUUCAUCUGGCUAUGAAUUGUUUACAGAGUUUUGGGAGACUUUAUUUAGCUGUAAGUUCAAGCAGUCAAAUACAUUAGCAGCAAAUCAGAGAGAAUGUACUGGACACGAAGAUGUGAGUGGGGUGGAAAACAGCUUCACUGAUAUGUCGCUCAUGCCUCUCUUUUACAAUGUUUAUAAAGGAGUGUAUGCGGUGGCCCACGCACUUCACAACAUUCUCAGUUGUAAUAAAACAUGUAACAACAAGGUGCAGCUAGAUCCAUUAACGAUUUUGGAGCACAUAAGAAAGAUUCAGUUCAAAACAAAGGAAGGAGAUGAGGUUUACUUUAAUGAGAAUGGAGACCCAGCAGCAAAGUAUGAAAUUAUAAACUGGCAGCCAACCAAAAGUGGCGUUGUGGAUUUUGUCACAGUUGGACUUCACGAUACAUCUUUACCUGCAGGCCAACAGCUGAUUCUGCAAAAUAAGUCCUUGAUAUGGGCACAGAACUCCCAACAGGUGCCUUUGUCAGUUUGCAGCGACAAAUGUUCCCCAGGAACUCGCAAGGUUCUGCAAAAAGGAAAGCCUGUCUGCUGCUAUGACUGUAUAAGAUGUGCAGAAGGAGAAAUAAGCAAUACUACAGAUUCCAUCACCUGUAUGAGAUGUGACCCUGAGUUCUGGUCAAAUGAGAGAAGAGAUGCCUGUGUAAAGAAGGAGGCAGAGUUUCUAUCAUAUGAAGAGGUCAUGGGAGCACUGCUCACUGCUGCCUCCCUAUUUGGAACAUGUAUGACUGCAGUUGUGGCUUUCAUUUUCUUCACAUACAGGCAGACUCCCAUUGUGAGGGCCAACAACUCUGAGCUGAGCUUCCUGCUGCUCUUCUCAUUAAAACUGUGUUUCCUGUGUUCUCUGACCUUCAUCGGUCGGCCCUCUGAGUGGUCCUGCAUGCUGCGACACACUGCAUUUGGGAUCACCUUUGUCCUCUGUAUCUCUUGUGUUCUGGGGAAAACAAUAGUGGUGUUGAUGGCCUUCAGGGCCACACUUCCAGGUAGUAAUGUGAUGAAAUGGUUUGGUCCUGCACAGCAGAAACUCAGUGUUCUGGGUUUCACUCUUAUACAAGUUGUCAUAUGUGUCCUCUGGUUAACAAUUUCUCCUCCUUUUCCCUUUAAGAAUAUCAAGAAUUUCAAGGACAAAAUCAUCUUAGAGUGCGCUCUGGGCUCAGCUGUAGGCUUUUGGGCUGUGCUUGGGUACAUCGGACUUCUGGCCAUGUUGUGUUUUAUUCUCGCUUUUCUGGCUCGGAAACUGCCUGAUAAUUUCAAUGAAGCCAAAUUUAUCACCUUUAGCAUGCUGAUAUUCUGUGCAGUAUGGAUCACUUUUAUCCCAGCGUAUGUCAGCUCUCCUGGAAAGUUCAGUGUUGCUGUGGAGAUAUUUGCUAUUCUGGCUUCAAGUUUUGGACUGCUGAUUUGUAUUUUUUUUCCAAAAUGUUAUAUCAUCUUACUGAAACCAGAGAAGAAUACGAAAAAGAAUAUGAUGGGAAAGGGGCAAUCAACAUCAACAUUUUGAAAACAUAAAAUCAUAUGGUGGCAAAAGCACUCUAGUGCCAUCAUAAAAUACUGUCAAGUAGGUAUCUAUCUUUAUUUUUGCGAAGACUUUAACUGUACAACUAUAGUAUUUGUCCAAUAUAUAUAAAAUUUAAUUUGCGACAUAGUCUGUUGACAUGACAUUACACAGUAAUAUACAAUACAAAGUAAUUUACAAUCAACAUCCAUCUCUCUCUUUGGCUCUCAAUUAUGUAUUUCCUUUUUGUAGGAUAAUCCAGGGUAUUCCAUUACCCUGGAUUAGACCCUAAUUGUAAAGUGACUCUAAAGUGAUGCAAACCCAGACAUCACUGUAGAGGCAAAUCAGGGCCCAAAGUUUCAUUAAUUUGAAAAACAAAAAAAACCUUGAAACUGAAAGUUGAAUUUUGGAUUUUGAACUUAAAACUUACAAAAUAUAACA